UGCCCAGCGCCCGCCCGCCGGGCCCUCCUCCCUCCCGCCGGCGCCGCCCGGCCCGGCCCGGCCCGGCCCGGGCCUCAGGGUUCGGGUCUAAGGGGGGUCCCAGGGCGCGCGGCCGCGGGGCCCCCGCGCUACACUUGUCAUGGGCUCCCGGGUGCCAAGGCCUCGCAGCCCCGCUCCUCGCCCCGGGGAUUCGGUGCCCAAACGUGGGUCACACUGCGCGGUAAUCGAGAGGUUCAGAAAGAUGCUGUGGCCCAUUUUAAAGAACAAAGCCCAAUUAUGAGCGCCAGGCGGCUGUGUACGCCCGGUCAGGUGUCAAAUCUCCCAGCUCUGAGGACAACCAGCACCCGAAGGAGGCUAGAGAGAGAGAGGAAACCCGCUCGGGAGCCAUCAGCCCCGCGUGGAGACCCCUGGCUCGUUCCUGUCCAGGUUGCGCGAACCUGGGCUAAACGCCGGGGCUCAGGGUGGCUUUCUGUGACAUAGGAUGAGUGCGCGCGCUCCGGCACCCCGCCCGGCGGGAGCGGGGUGGCGGCGCCGCGACCCCACGCCUCCAGGACCCCACCUUCCCGCUGGCCCCGCUCCGCCCCGCCCUGGAGGCGCCCACACUGCACGCGCGGCGCUGGCUCCAAAGUGCGUCACGGGCACCGGCCGCGCUCCUCCCGCGGCCGGGGUGAGCUGGCACGCAGCCAGUGCGGGCCGGGCACGGGGUGACGGGUCGUCUCCGGGGCUGCGACCCCGGCCUGGAAGGCGCUGGCGUUGCCCGGCCCUGGGACGCUAUUUGGAGCGCCUUUGGCGGCGGCGGGCAGCGCGCCAGGGACCGACCUCGGCAGUCGUGGGGCUCGCGAAGGCGACGCUUUCCCUGCCAGCCCCCUCGCUUCCUCCGGUGCGGCGGCGGCAGCGGAGAUUUCCUCUCGGGGAAACUACGCGGAUCCUUCCCGGGGCUCCUCGCCCCGCCCCAGGUCUCCGCCCCCUCCCCUUUGCUGGGGAGCCGGGGCCCGGCCGCGCCGGGGAGGAGACUCGGGCAGCCUGGGCCGGGAGGCGGCGGGGGGGUCCGCGGAGCCGCUAGCCAUCCGCUCGCCCCGCCAUGUGACGCCACCCAGAGCCCGGCAAUCCCCCGCGCGCCCCGGGCCCGCGCCCCGCCGCGCACCAUGCUCCUGCUGGGACACGCGCGCCCGCCGCCCGCGCCCCAGCCCGCCCAGCAUCCCGGCCUCCGCAGGCAGGUAGAGCCGCCGGGGCAGUUCCUGCGCCUCUUCUACUGCACCGUCCUGGUGUGCUCCAAAGAGAUCGCAGCGCUCACGGACUUCUCCGGUUACCUAACCAAACUCCUGCAGAACCACACGGCCUAUGCAUGUGACGGGGACCACUUGAACCUGCAGUGCCCUCGGCAUUCCACCAUCAGUGUCCAAUCGGCGUUUUACGGGCAAGAUUUCCGCAUGUGUAGCUCCCAGCAGCCAGCCCCCGAGAGGGAAGACAGCUUAGCCUGUGUGGCACCCACCACCUUGCAGAAGGUGCUGGAUGAGUGCCAGAACCAGCGGGCCUGCCACCUCCUGGUCAAUAGCCGUGUCUUUGGACCUGACCUUUGUCCAGGAAGCAGUAAAUACCUGCUGGUCUCCUUUAAAUGCCAACCUAACGAGUUAAAAAACAAAACCGUGUGUGAAGAUCAGGAGCUGAAACUGCACUGCCACGAGUCCAAGUUUCUCAACAUCUACUCCGCGACCUACGGCAGGAGGACCCAGCAGAGGGACGCCUGCGCCUCGGAGGCCGGGUGGCUGCCCCCGUUCGACUGCUUGUCUCACUCAGCUUUACCCGUAUUGUCCAGAAGGUGCUACGGGAAGCAGAGAUGCAAAAUCCUUGUCAACAACCACCAUUUCGGAAGCCCCUGUCUGCCAGGAGUGAAAAAAUACCUCACUGUCACCUACGCCUGUGUUCCCAAGAGCAUACUCUCAGCGAUCGACCCAGCCGUCGUCGACCUCAGACCCUCUCUGGAGCAGGAAGAUGGUGCGCACGGUAAUGUCCAUGCCUUACUCCCAGCAUUCUCUUUGAGGAAAGGUGUCACCUUUGACCCCAGUGAGUCGAAGAUUCUGCGGAAGGAUGGCGUGAUUGUCAGCAACUCUCUGGCGGCGUUUGCUUACAUCCGGGGUAAAGAAACCGAGGCACAGAGAGGUCACACCUUGCCCAAAGGCACUUGGCUGCGCACCCCGAGAGAGCCGCCCUGCUGUUCGUGUCCAGCGUGUGCGUCGGCCUGGUGCUCACCCUGUGCGCCCUGGUCAUCCAGCUGUCCUGCGCCAAGGACUUCCGGGAGCUGCGGCUGGGGAGGCAGCACCUGGUGCCGGGCAGUGACAAGGCGGAGGACGACAGCGAGGAGGGCCCCGAGGAGGAGCACUCCUCCGACUCGGAUUUCCCGGGGGAGCUGGCGACGUUCUGUAGGACUUCCUAUCCCGUCUACAGCUCCAUAGAGGCCGCAGAACUGGCCGAGAGGAUCGAGCGCAGGGAACAGAUCAUCCAGGAGAUAUGGAUGAACAGUGGUCUGGACACCUCGCUCCCGAGACACGUGGGCCAGUUCUACUGAGAGUCCUGGGGACGUCGCACAGGAGGGGAGGACCCGCCCUGGCUCCGCGUCCGUCCGUGCACUGUGCCUUCUAUGAAGGAGAAGCUGGCGUGGCGUCCAGCACGGGGAAGCCAGGGCGUCGCCAAAGGGACACCGCACACUGUUUACAACGCAUUCCCAAAUAAACCGGAGGGGAGACGUC